UCCGCGCCCCCCGCCGCUCAUCGGCUCCUUUUAACCUGUUUUAACUUUAACCCGUGCUAACAUCAAACGCUUUGUCCCGGGUGAGCGCGCGCCAGGUGCACGUGAGAGUAGUUUGUGUGCCCCCUUCCUCGAGCUCCGCGGCGCAGGGAUCUGAGCGGUGAUGCGGCUGAGAGCUGAAUGAGAUUGAAGAAGAGUUCUUCUUGUUUUGUAGCUUCUCUGUUUUCUUUUUUAAAACACCUUUAAGCUAAACUACAUUUAUAAUAGAGCCUCUGAAUAAAGCUCCGCGGGGAAGGAGUGAUCCGGCCUGUCUGCUCAUGCUGUGCUGCCAUCGUGGAUCGGAUUGUUAUAUAUAUUUAAUUAAUCUGGAGGAUCUGCUCAGGCAGCACAGAGGGGUGGAGUCAGUCCCACAGCCAGGAGCGGCACUUUAAUGCUUCAGCUGGAUGGUCUUCCUACUGGAGACGCUGUUAAGGCUGAUCGAUCAGCUGGCAGACUGACUGGAUCUAUGAUGGAGCUGCAGACGCUACAGGAGGCUCUGAAGGUGGAGAUCCAGAUCCAUCAGAAACUGGUGUCCCAGAUGAAGCAGGACCCUCAGAACGCAGAUCUGAAGAAGCAGCUCCACGAACUGCAGGCUAAAAUCACAGCACUCAGCGAGAAGCAGAAGAAGGUGGUGGAGCAGCUGAGGAAGGAGCUGAUGAAGCAGGAGCCGGAGGGGAAGCUGUACCUCCAGACUCCUGCAGGAGGAGACGUGAAGCAGAGCCCUCAGCAGACGCUGAUGGUGACGCCGCUCCUCACCACUAAGACUCUACCUCUGGUUCUGAAGGCGCUGCCCCCCACUGUCGCCGUGGUAACUGCAGCCAUCACCAAACCUGACCUGCAGAGCGUGCCCAUCAACCUGCAGGUGGCCAGCAAGCUGACUAAUCAGAGUGCAGAGCCUGUGAGGCUGGUGACCAAGAACGCCAUGGUGAUGCAGGCCACCACCACCUCGGCCCAGCCAAUCAAAGUUCCUCAGUUUGUCCCUCCUCCUAGACUGACGCCUCGACCCACCUAUCAGCCACAGGUCCGGCCCAAACCGCUCCCGCCCUCCAACACCAACGUGCACAUCGCCCCGGCGCCCCCUCCCCCCAUGAUGGCGGCCCCCCAGCUGCUGCAGCGGCCCCUCAUGCUGGCCACCAAGCUGUCCUCCUCCUCUCUGCCCUCAGCGGCUCCCAUCCACCAGGUGCGCAUCCUGAACGGUCAGCCGUGCAGAGAGAGCAGCAACACGCUGACGGGCAUCGUGAUCACCACCCCCCCGAUGAUGACCACAACACGCCUCGCCAGCAGUGCCCUCCUGACCCCCGUCCUGACCCCCGCCCUGAAGCCCGCCCCCAACAAGCCCAUCCAGAUCAGCAGCCUGAAUGCAGAGCCCAAGACUGUUAAACCCGGAGGUGGAUCUGAGCAGAAGCUGGUGAAACUGGCCUUCAUGGUGUCUCUGGGCCUCGUCACACACGAUCACCUGGAAGAAAUCCAGAGCAAACGGCAGGAGAGGAAGAGGAGAACGACAGCCAACCCGGUGUACAGCGGCGCCGUGUUCGAACCCGAGAGGAAAAAGAGUGCAGUGAGUUACCUGAACAGCCCUCUGCACCAAGGGACCAGGAAGAGAGGUCGCCCUCCUAAAUUCAGCGCUGAAACACAGGAUGCUUUUGGGGUGUUCCCCUCUAAUAACCACUCAGAACACAUUCUAACCCCCAGUAACCCUCUGUGUGGGCUCAGACUAAACACACCAUGUCCAUGAGAUAUUAAACUACACCUCAUGGUGCCCCCCCGGCCUCUGCGUGGUGGGGCUACGCUGGAAACUGAUUGGUCCAAUUCUUCCUCACAGGGAGACAUCCAUGAGGAUUUCUGCACUGUGUGCAGACGCAGUGGCCAGUUGCUCAUGUGCGACACGUGUUCUCGUGUUUUUCACCUGGACUGCCUGGACCCCCCCCUGAAAACCAUUCCUAAAGGCAUGUGGAUCUGUCCCAAAUGUCAUGAUCAGAUCCUGAAGAAAGAAGAAGCCAUCCCCUGGCCCGGCACUCUGGCUAUUGUUCACUCCUACAUCGCCUACAAAGAAGCUAAAGAAGAGGAGAAGCUGAAGCUGAUGAAGUGGAGCUCUGAACUGAAGCUGGAGCGAGAGCAGCUGGAGCUCAGAGUCAAACAGCUCAGCAACUCCGUAACGAAAUGCAUGGAGACCAAAAACACGAUCCUGGCUCGGCAGAAAGACAUGCACCUGUCUCUGGAGAAGGUCAAGCACCUGAUCCGUCUCAUCCAAGCCUUCAACUUCAACCAGGCUCUGAAGGAGGACGUCCAGGAGUCUGCUGCUGCCACCGUCUCUGAAGCAAACUCUGUGGAGAAUGUGAAGGCUGAGAGCUCCUCCUCCUCCACCUCCCCCAACAACACCACCACCACCACCAACACCACCACCAGCAGUAACAGUAACACUGGUGGAGACGAGAAAGCAGAGCAGCCCGGAGCGCCAGGGAACAUCCAGGCAGCCGGAAACACCGAGAGCAAGGCUGUCGUAGAGGCUUCAGAGCUAACAGCAGAUAACAGCCGACUGGAGGGACGGGGAUCCAGGCAGGAAAAGAUAUUCAGGUCUUCCUAGUCUUCAGAAGAAGUGCUUUCUGUUCCUGAACCUGCUGGACUGGCGUUCUCAACACAGUGGUGAUCUCUGCUUUCUGUCCAACCCUGAACUGCCAAAUGAUGUUGUCUCCAGAUCCAGCAGGGACCAGGCCGUCUACGGAAAGAUCAAAUCAUUGGCGUUGUGAGAUGUAUAGAUGCGUCCCCAGAUCGAGACAGGAGAGCUUACUAAACAAUAACCGAGGAUCUUCGGGUCUCAAAGGAACCACAAGUCCUGAGAUUAAAGCACAAGCUUGCUGCAAAGAAGAGCUUUUUGUAUGUGAUAUGGAAACAGAGUAUGCAUCUCUUUGUUGUGAUGUGACUUAUCCCCACAUUGCCAAUAUUUUUCUAGGAGGAAAUCCAAAACCUCUGUGUGACAUUGAAGGUGUGUUCCUGGGUUAGCAUCUCUCCCCUCUCUGGAGCUCGUCUGAGUUUCUCCGCUGAAUCAUGACUUCUGGCUCCGCCUCCACUAACGGUGCUUUCUGUUGGAGCUGUUUCUGCUUCACGUGUAGUCGUGAAAACUCGUAUUCACCGCUGAGAAGCCAUGAAGACGAUUGUCCUGAAAUCAUGAGAAGCUGGUUUUCCUGACGGGGAGUUAGCAGCCAUGCUAGUGGCCACGAGACGGCCUCAAUUUGGAGAUCUCUCUCUGGAGCCUCACGUUUAGUGAAAUAUCUCAACACUAGUUUAGCUAACGUUUCAGAUAUUCGCCACCAGGCCUUUCUUCAGACGUCUCAGUAAAGGAUCUCCCGGGACUCUGUUUUAUGACCAGAUUCACGUUAGCGUUGCCACUGUUAGCAUGCUAACUAUAGCAAUUAGCUCUAAUGGAAGAAGCUGCUAGCAUGGCUGUAGACUCGUGUUAGGAUGACAUUCUUAAAUAAUAUGAAUAAAUAAUAAACCUACAAUGUGUUCCCGCGCAACAGAACAGAACAGAGUGCUAUGGCUGUCUUAAACGUGGGAAUUAAAGUUAAAUGAAAACACAACAAACUACUUCCUGUCUGAAACUAAGCCAGCGCUGAAUGGUCCUGAGUUUCCUCUGUUAGAUUCAGAGGAUUCUCCCGGACGAUGCGUUUCUGUUUCGUGGGAACGUGGUUCUGUAGUCGUGAGCGCAGCGGUGAAUACGAUGUGAGGCGACUUUAAAAACAAGGUGUUACAUGUGUGUCUUUUUUUUUAUCAUAUCAUAUUGUACCAACAUAUCGAAACACACCAUGUUUGAGUUUCUGACGUCAGCUGUACAAACUGCCUUCAUCAGGAGACCCCGAGCAGAAGAGACGGUUUCUACGACAAGGACAACAGGAAGUGGACGCUUGUUCCUCCUGAUUCUCCAUCGAUCGGUUUUAAACGGUUUUCUUUGCCCCCCCCCCCCCCCCCCC